AUGAAGUUUACAAUCUGGCUGCCCAAUCCCACCAAGCCAUCUCUUUUGAAAUCCCUGAUUACACUGCCGACGUGGUGGCUACGGGAGCCCUCCGUUUGUUGGAAGCCGUUCGGUCCCAUUGCCGACACGGGUCGGACCCAUAUCAAGUAUUACCAAGCUGGAUCGUCAGAAAUGUUCGGAUCCACUCCUCCGCCUCAAUCUGAAGCUUCCCCGUUUCACCCCAGAUCUCCAUACGCGGCUUCCAAAUGCGCUGCGCAUUGGUACACUGUCAAUUACAGGGGAGCGUACAGGAUUUUCGCCAGUAACGGUAUUCUGUUUAAUCACGAGUCACCGAUGAGAGGAGAGAAUUUCGUGACCCGGAAAAUUACUCAGGUCGUUGGCAGGAUAAAGAUUGGGUUACAGAGCAAGUUGUUUUUGGGGAAUCUACAAGCUUCUAGGGACUGGGGUUUUGUCGGGGAUUACGUGGAAGCUAUGUGGAUGAUGCUGCAACAAGAGAAGCCCGAUGAUUACGUGGUGGCAACAGAGGAGUUGCAUACGGUGGAGGAGUUUCUAGAAGUGGCAUUCAGUUAUGUUGGGUUGAAGUGGAAAGAUCAUGUGGUGAUUGAUAAGUGGUAUUUUAGGCCGGCCGAGGUGGAUAAUUUGAAAGGUGAUUCAAGUAAAGCAAUAUUCUGA